AUGACAAUCACCAUCAAGUGGAUUCAAAAUGAAACUGGCGCGGAAGUUCGUAUUGAGAAGGGGGAUGGAAAGGAAAUUCGACUUCAGAGUGGGGAAAGAGGUGAUCAACGUUGGGAGAUGCCUAUGUGGCGUUCGGGCCAGCGAAUGAUUAUCAACAAGAGUCACCCACGAGUGUGGUUUGUUGAUCGUGAUAAUGCUAUUCUGGUGUCGACCAACGAAGGAAGCACAUGGGAUCACUAUAUGACAAUCAAGGGUGGAGCUUCCUAUGGUAUGGUUAUCCGAAGUAAUGGAGUCGCGAUUCAAAAUCCUUAA